ACUCUGCACUCUAUCUCAAAAUUCGCCAUGGCAUCGUCUUCGCAGCCGCCCAACCUGGAAGUGGUUAAGAGCUGCUUUAGAGCUGUAGACGUUACAACCAUCGAUCAGUCGUUCGACACCAUGAAGAAAAUCUUGGAAGCAAAGAUGGCUCAAAAGGGCGAAAAAGAUAAUCCAAGCAAAAGUUUUGAAUCAACAUGCAUGUGGGAUUCGUUCAUCAAGAGCGGUGAAACAUUUUUGUUGUAUCUCGAUCAAGAGGAGAAAUUUGGUCAAACGGUAGAUCUCUUCCAAUCUCGUGGCCAAGUAUUAUGCGUUAUAUCAGGCAUACUUGAAAAAUUAGGACCAAUUUAUUGGGCAGUAGCAGGGCUAUCCAUGAUAGGUCAUUUGCUCAAAAAACUGGGCCCACUGUCUCAGUAUCCGAGUGAAUGUUUGCAGCUCUUGCAGUAUCUGGUUGAUCUUGCCUAUCACAUGAACAAAUUAAGACGCCUAUUCUCACAGGAAAAGGAGAAGCUAAAAAGUGCACUUGUAAUAACUGUUAAGGGAUGCAUGCUCUGCACUAAACAGCUUUAUCCUAAUAAGCGUUUCAGCUUUCUGAGAAAUUCCUUAGACUCGACGAAUUUGAACAGCCUUAGCUCAGAAAUGAACGCCUUCUAUCAGGACUUUCUGUUGACAGCUCAAAUAGGAGCGUUGGAGGGCCAGCCCGAAAGACUGCCUAUAAAGCAACCAGUUUCUCCAGCUAAUGCAGGUGUGUAUAAAAAAAACACAAUGUUUGUACUGCAUAUUUAUUUUUCAACGUUUCACUUGUCAUUUCAAUAAAGUAGAUAUCAACCACUGAUGAUUGUUGGGGCAUGAUUUUAUGCGAGUUCAAUGUGAUUUUCCUUAGAAAUUUGGUUGGAGCAUCAUUUGCUGUAAUAAUUGGUGGGAUAUAUAUAACAAUGCGAAGCCCCGACAAAUUAU